AUGGACACCGUCGGCUCGUCAGUGCCGCGCUACGUGGAUGCAAAGAGUAUGGUGUACACCCUUCCCUGCUUUACCCCGGACAGGUCGCUGAGCAGCCCGACGAGCGGCGGCGCUGGUCCACGGAGCCAACCGAUCGCGAUACAGAUGUCUAUCUCACAGCAGCUGCCGAUGAUAUCCUCCAGCAGUGACUUCCGCGCAUGCGCACCAUCCUCGCCGCUCUCCCCAUCCCGCCGGCGUUUCGCUGCGAAUCUGUCGAGCACACUCGAGAUCCCGACGUACAACACGACCACCUCCACCGUCGUGGAGGAUCUGUCCUGCAGCUCGCCAGUGCUCAAGUCGUACCGGCAGCACUCCUUCUCCCAACCGAGGUGGGAUGCGUGUCUGGCCGACUCCCCCAAAUCCCCAGGCAUGAGCAUCCACGGCUGCGCAUCCCUCAGCGCCGGAGCCUCCGAGGCACCGGUGGCGAUGAGCCCGGCCACCUCGUUCUCGUCUGGGGCUGGCAGCAGCUCGCACAGCACGGCGAUCCACACAAAGUUCCUCGAGAUAACCGGGCACCCGCUGGGCUUGGAGAACUACGGCAACACCUGCUACUGCAACUCUGUCAUCCAGCUGAUCUACCACUGCGCCCCACUGCGGCUGCGGCUGCUCGAGCUGCACCACGUCUACCUCACCAAGAAGGGCAAGUCCGGCUUCGAGGAGGGCACGGUGCUCUUCCACCUCUGCAGUCUCAUCGGCGCUAUGCACAAGUCGAACAACCGCACCAAGGACAAGUACCAGCGCGAGAAGAUCGUCCCAAAGGACCUGCUAAACUGCGUGCGCGCCAAGAACGAGGUCUUCAACAACGACAUGCAGCAAGACGCGCACGAGUUCACCAUGUUUCUGCUGAAUGACAUCUGGGACACGGAGCAGCGCAUCAUGGCCGACCCCGCCAACGUGAACCUCUUCCUCAAGCACGAGGCGUCCAUGAAGAAGAAGGGGUCGUUGCCCUUCUCCUGGAAGCACAGCAAGGAUAAGCACAUCAGCAGUCACAAGGAAAACAAGCUUGACAAGACAACCUCGGCAGCGGCCACCAACAGCGACGCCGGCACGAGCGGGGGCAAGGCGGUGGAUGCACAGCAGCACUUCAGCAGGGAGCUCACCCCUCUCCAGGUAAUCCUGCAAGGCCAGUUUGGCUCCCUCACCGCCUGCCUCGAGUGCGAGAACGUGACCGCCCGAGAUGAGGUCUUCAUGGACCUCAGCCUCGAGACGGCACAGGGCACGUCCCUGCUCCGCUGUCUCGACCACUUCGGCGACCCCGAGUACUUCUGGGGGACGAACAAGCUGCGCUGCGAGGAGUGCAAGAUGCCGGUGCGCGCCGCCAAGACGAUCCACGUGCAGCAGCUGCCGCAGUAUGCGCUCCUUAUCCACCUGAAGCGCUUCCAGUACGACGUGAAGAAGCAGACCUUCACCAAGAAGGCAGAUCACGUCGCACUGCCGAUGCAGAUGGACGUGGAGGAGUACCUGACGGACCCAGAGGUGAUCGAGCAGAACCUGCGCAACAAGCAGGCGCGCUCGCAGAAGAACAGCGGCGUUGACGCGGGCAGCAGCACCGGCGGGCACGACAACAGCGGCAGCGGACAGAAAAACGGGGCGAACACCACUUCGUCGCUCGACACAUUCAAGCCGGCGUCGGAGGAGGUGCGCCGCAAGCUUCGUGGCGUCGCCCGCCACAAGGCGCGCUUCGAGCUGACAGGCUUUGUCGCCCACAUUGGCGAGGGACCGAACUCUGGGCACUACUUCACGUGUGUCCGCUACGGUCCUCAGCUGUGGCGCCGCUUCGACGACGAGACUGUGUCGACGAUGGCGGAGCGAGAUGUGAAGCAGUACUUUGGCGUUCCAUCCGACGCUGUCGGCGUAGUCACGACGACGGCCUACAUCCUGCUCUACGAGCGCGUUGCGUAG